CAAGUUCGCUACGUAAAGGAUUAAGCAUUCUUUAGCCCAGCAAGGCACGAAUUAUGGCAGCUUCACCAACGCGAAUCCAUCCGAACUCAGUAUGGACACAUGAAAUUAGGAACUUCUCCUUCAGUGAUAUGGAUUUCGUUAAAAAGAAUAUACAAAUCAGGAAAUCCGUUUCCUUGAAGAAUCAGGAUUACAUCCGCACUAUAAAUACAGGAUACCUGAGGCGAUUUAUCUCACAAACCCAUUCAAGCAAGCCUUAGAACUCUCUCUCAGUGCUCUCUCUUUACGCACCAGCUUCCUUGCAGCCCGUAUUCAUUGUCUUCCAAGCGAUCAUGGCUGAUUUCAGGAAAACAAUACUGGUGGUUUCUUUCUUGACGACGGCUCUUUGCGGAGUCUCCAUGGCUACCGUUUACCAAGUCGGUGACUCUGCUGGUUGGACAAGCAUGGGUCAAGUUGAUUACCAAGAUUGGGCUGCCAGCAAGAAUUUUCACGGUGGUGAUACUCUUGUCUUCAACUACAACAACCAAUUCCACAACGUGAAGCAAGUGACGCAUCAGGGUUUCGAGUCAUGCAAUGCAACAUCACCACUAGCUACUUAUACCAACGGCUCCGAUACAGUCACUCUUGGAAAGCAGCUUGGCCACUUCUACUUCGUAUGUGGUUACCCUGGUCACUGCCAAGCAGGACAAAAGAUUGAUAUUCUGGUCGCUCCGGCAACUUCAAAUUUGAGUCCUGCUGCACCACCUAGCAGCGCUUCAUCUCUUUAUUUUAGUAAUCUGUCUUGGACUCUAGGUGUGCUAGGAUUCUGUCUCUUGGGAUUUGCUUAUUAGGAAGGUUUUCAAGUUGCCUGUCUUUUGCCAACCUCGAGGGCUUUUUUCGGUUUCAUUGAUGCAGUGCUUUUUUUUUUUUUUCUUAUUUUAAUUACCAAAGAGAUGAUUAAUGACAGAUUAAAAUUGUUUUCUGUCUAACUUUCUUUACAUGAAUACUUUGAAUAAAAAUACUAU